UGCAGUUGACGCAUUCUUGGUAAAGACGCGCGCAGUCUGCAAUUGCAAGUCCUGAAAUCAACCGGCGGCCUUUCUCAUCUUUCUCGGUCAGACAGAGAGUCAGAGGAGUGAGAAACAGUACAGAAGGAAGAGAGAGAGAGAGAGAGAGAAUGGAGGUACAGUGGAUUCUGGUGUGCCAUGGUUUAGUCACACUACUCGUUCUAGUUUCCUUCCUCUGCGGCCAAUGGCCCAUCUUUGACGGCACCCCCAUACAACGCAUCAACCACUUCCUCACCUUCGGCGCCUACGAUUACUUCCAACGGUUUGUUGGGUUUGUGUUUGGAGCCAGGGGUACUAAUGCCAUAGCCUCCGUGGAAUAUUUAUGCUGUGAUCGACCCAAUCCAAUCUUACAGUUCAUGUAUCUUGCAAUAGUAGGAGGAACCUAUUACUUAGUUGCAACUUCUUCCUUCAGUUACAUUCCUGGCUAUUAUAUUAGUGAAAUUCACAGGUAUGCAAGCUUGUGGGCUGUUGGUGUUGGUGUUCUGCUCUUUCUAUUAGCUAGCUUUUCUGAUCCAGGAACAAUAAGGGCUGAUAAUGUUUCUCUGUAUCUCUCUGCUUAUCCCUAUGAUAAUAUUAUAUAUUCCGAGAAAGAAUGUUCAACAUGCAAAAUUCCGAAACCUGCUAGGUCAAAGCAUUGCAGCGUAUGUGAUCGAUGUGUUGCCCGUUUUGAUCAUCAUUGUGGAUGGAUGAAUAAUUGUAUAGGUGAGAGAAACACCCAGUACUUCGUAGCUUUUCUUUUGUGGCACACUUUACUUUGCAUAUAUGGAACAGUGGCCAUUGGGUUAAUUCUUGCUGGACAAGUUAAAGAAUACAAAGUUAUUGAAAUUCUAACUGUUUAUUAUGGUGUAGAUAAUUCUUUUCGCGGUUUAACACCACAUGUUGUGCAGUGGUUGUUGGGGGACUACAACACUCAAAUACUUCUUAUGGUGUUUCUUGCAAUAGUUGCACUGCUAUUGGCGGGUUUCUUUGGUUACCAUGCAAAACUUUGUCUCACAAACACUACAACUAAUGAGACGUAUAAGUGGCAAGACUACGUAAGUUGGCAGAAGAAGCUAAAUGAAGCAAGGGCGAGUUCUGUGGCACUCAAAGCAAGUAUCAGUGGGAUAAGUAGUGAAAGAAAACCUCCAGAGAGCAAAUGGAGAGCCAUGUUUCGAAGAUCCCCACUCGAAGAUGCAGAGGUUGUGGUUAAGAAUAACAUUUACGAUAAAGGAUUCUUCCUGAAUAUUCUCGAGGUCAUUGUUCCCCUCUCGAGCAGACUGCGUGCUUCCAGAACCAAAUCAAAGUCUGGCUAAGAAAGACUGCUGGCCUGUCAAUGUUGCAUGCUUGCUUCUCGUUUCCUCCACCAACUGAACAGCUUCAUAGCCUGUUCUCGCAAAACUUGUCGUGCUUAGAUGGCCAGCAACAGCAAGAGACGGGGGCCUUGUGCGGAUCUAACACCAUCAGAUGCUUGUUCUAGCCUUCUGUAACAUUAUUGAUUCUUGCAGAUGCCUAUGGGCUAUGUUAUCUGAUAUUUAGUUCUCCCGUUGGGAGAAUUUUACGUGUAGCGUCACGUGAUGAGAGAAAUACACAUCUGAUAUCUCUUUAUAUAAAACUGAAAAUAGUUAAGAAUCUCCGUUUUCAUUAAAUCGAGAAUAGCUAAGAAUCUC